AUGCCGCUGCUUGUCGAAGUCGUGUUUGAGGUUGCGGUUGGAGUCGUGUUCGAAACCUUAUUCGAGGCCGUGGCUGAGGUCGUCGUUGAUGUCGUCAGAGAGGCGCCAGUUGAGGUCGUCGUUGAUGUCGUCAGAGAGGCACCAGUUGAGGUCGUCGUUGAUGUCGUCAGAGAGGCACCAGUUGAGUUCGUAGUUGAGGUCGUAGUUGGGCGCCGCUUGGCAGAGACGGUCAACGCAACUUUCGACACGGUAGUGUCACUAGAGCAAGUUGACGAUGGCGUAUCCGAGGUUCUUCUGGAAGAGGUUCCUGGCGGCGGGAAGGUCAUCGAGGUGCUUGUGCGUGUCGGCAAGAGUAGCUGCCUCUUCCCGCACAGGGCAACUACCAGCCUGGCACGUUUUGCCUGGCCCAACAGCGAAUCUGAGCUCGUGUUGACCGAAUCACACGAGGCCUGGAUUUUCUCCUGUACUGCCAUGAUUCCUUGUCGGCAGUCGGGGGAGCAAGUGUUGCCUCGGGCAAAGUCUUCCAUGGAGCAACCUCGCAUGGGUUUGUUGCAUGCGACGACGCAUCUCAACUCUAGCGACGACGAGGGAAUUGAUUCAAAGUCCGCCAGUGUCAAGCGAAAUCGGCCCGAUACCUCCACGGCCAACAGGAGCACCAACAACAAGGAGUUGGCCAGGUGCAACAGUCUUGUUGCCAUUGCCCUGUCAGCCGCACAGGCGUGA